AUCAGCAGCCUGCACCCUUCUAGGGCUCCUGGUUCCCCACUGCCCUCUUGUAUCUUCUGCAAUCGCCAGCAUGACCAGGGCCCUGGGAAUAUUGAUAGUACUGGGCCUGUACUGGGCUUUGGCACUUGCUCACCCACUGGUCUCCCAGCUGCAGACAGGAACCGAAGUGGGAAAUGGAACAGAAUUGCACCCAGAUGAGAUUGGCCGUUGUUCUGAGGACUGGGGUUUUGAUGCAGUAACCUUGGAUGACUCUGGAAACAUGAUUUUCUUCAAAGGUGAAUCUGUAUGGAAGAAUCACAAUGGAUCCCGGGAGCUGAUCUCAGAAACCUGGCCAGAGGUCGGGUUCCCUGUGGAUGCUGCCUUCCGUCUGCACCACAAGACCAGGCCUGAGCUCCAUGAUGGUGUAUAUUUGAUCAAGGGUGAUCAAGUCUGGUUAUACAUCGCUGGCAAGUUGAAGACUGGGUACCCGAGACUCCUCCAGAAAGAAUUCCCUGGAGUCCCAUCCCCACUGGAUGCAACUGUGGAGUGCCACCCUGGGGAGUGCCAGGAGGAGGGGAUCCUCUUCUUCCAAGGUAAUGGGACAUGGUUCUUGGACCUGAGCACUGGAAAGGUAAAGAAACGGCCUUGGCACAAUCUGAAUUGCUCUUCAGCCCUACGCUGGCUCGGCCGCUAUUACUGCUUCCAGGGCAGCCAGUUCCUACGCUUUGACCCUGCAAGAGGAGAGGUGCCCCCGCAUUACCCCCGUGAUGUCCGAGAUUACUUCAUGAGCUGCCCUGGGAGAGGUCAUGGACGAAGGAACGGAUCUGUCACCCCUUGUAGCCCAGAUGUGGUGUUCUCUGCUUUUGUUUCUGAUGACCACGGUGCUAUGUAUGGCUUUAAAGGUUCCCAUUACUGGCGUCUGGACUCAAGGAGAGAUGGCUGGCACAGUUGGCCCAUUGCCCACCACUGGCCACAGGGACCCUCAAGUGUGGAUGCUGCCUUUUCUUGGGAGAAAAAGCUCUAUCUGAUUGAGGGCACCCAGAUCUACAUCUUCCUGACAGAUGGGGGCAACCGCCUGGUGGAGGGAUAUCCUCGCAAGUUGCAAAAAGAACUGGGAAGCCCCUAUGGGAUCAACCUUGAUACUGUAGAUGCUGCCUUCACUUGCCCUGGCUCAUCUCAGCUCUACAUUAUCUCUGGAAGAGUCAUGUGGCAGCUUGACCUCAAGCUGGGUGGACAGGACCCAUGGACGGAGUUUUUGAUACCCCAUAACCAUGUGGAUGGGGCUUUGUGCAGACCAAAUGAGCUCUACUUGAUCAGUGGCUCCAAUGCAUACCGUUACCGAGAUGUUGAGGAACUCAAGAGUGCUAAAACCUCCCCUCCACCCCGGAGUGUGGCCUCCAGCUUCCUGGGCUGCAGACAAUAAGAAGGCUUGGUCAGGCCUUCCUCAUCUUUAACACCUGGUCCACCAGGGACCCUCCACAAGAAUUAUGCCUUUAUACAAUAAAACCUAGAAAUUA